UGAAACCUAGGUGUUCCCCAGCAGCUUGACCGGCUGGAACGCAAGCCUGAGGUUUGCAGCCUUGAACCUGACCACAAUGUCACCAUCGGGACGAACAUCGAGUGAGAUGCGCCGCGCCAGUAUACGGGCCCCGAAAGUAGGGCACAAGAAGUCGCGCAAAGGAUGUCAAACUUGCAAGGCUCGCCGUGUCAAGUGCGAUGAAGUUCUUCCAACAUGCAGUAUUUGCGCAAGACUUGGGUUGGACUGUACCUAUUCCGCAGUGGAGCCACCUCGUUCGCGGGCGAAAUCGAAGAGCGCCGAGCCAAACACAUCAACUUCGAUGCCGUACCAAGAUCCUGGACCCAUGGAGUCAGAACAAAGGCGCUACAUGGAAUUGCGACUUUUACAUCAUUGGAUCGUCAACGUCGCUCGACCUUUCGGUAUGACAUCUCCUCAUAGCUGGAAGGAGUUGUGGUGGGCAGAGGUGCCACAAGUCGCACUCGAGAACAAGAAUGUGCUGUACGCCAUGUUCACGAUGACAGCUACGCAUUUGCUUGGGAUCUGUCCGAAUGACGCCGAGUUGUUUCAGGCGAGGGAGAACUAUUGGGUCUGGGCGCUCCAAGAACAAAGAGCCGCGGUGUUCGAUAUUGAGAAUUCCAACAUUGAUGCGGUGUCCUUCGCUGCUCUGCUCAUCGCGAUGAACGCACUGGCCAUGCUUCAGGAGCGGAACCUGGAGCCAUAUGCACCGCCAAUGGAAUGGCUUGAAGUUGGGAGAGGUGCUUUUACCGUUCUACCGCCGCCUGAAAGCGUGAGCGAGGGAUCUGGCCUGAAAGUACUCAUGGAGACCACCGCGCCCAUCUGGCAGGCAAACCCGGUCUUCGAUGCCGAGAUGCAGCGAGAUUUCGGCGCUAUUCUGAGCCGCGACAUUCCAUCCAUCGAUGUCUGGGACGAGGAAACUACCACCACUUACGAGACCGCACUGAGCUACAUCGGCUCCUUUCGUCGGGCCAUUCAGAACGGAGAGCCCGCUGACGUCAAUUUGCGAUGGAUUUGCAUGUUUCCAUUCAUGGUUCCACGAGAGUUCACCACAUAUCUCGCGGAGGGCCGACCCAGAGCAUUAGUUGCACUGGCCUACUUCUUCGCUGUGAUCGCACGAACAGACGCUUUGCAGUACUUGGGUAAUACAGGUCAUCACACGACCGCGAAGAGAGAGGUCCGAGCCAUUCGCGCGAUGCUGCCAGAGGAAUGGCACGGUGUCAUGGAGUGGCCGAUGCGCGAGAUUGGCGAAGGCUGA